CGGCGGGGCGCGGCGCAUCUCCGCGCCUCCAUCGGGGAAUCCCUGCCUGUGCCGCCUCCUCCUCCCCCUCCUCCUGGCUGAGCUCCUCGAGGAAAGACCCAGAAGGCGGCGGCGCGGGGCUGCAAGUAGGGCAGCGGCGGGGCGGGAUGAGUCGGGGAGCGCCCCAGCCCGGCCCCGCCGCAGCGCCGCAUGGCCCGCGGGGCAGAGCGGCCGCGGCCGCAGGAGGACGGCCCCGCGCGGAGCGCUGAGCGCUGAGCGCCGCCGCCUCCAUGGAUAAGGCGGCAUCGCUGCACAGCGCCGUGCCCGCGCCGCCGCCCCGGCUCUACCUGCCGCGGAACUUCAGCUGCAGCGCCUGCCUCUAUGGCAGCCUGGCCGAGCGCUGCAGGGGCGGCUGCAGCCCCGACGGCGACGCUCCUCCGCCGCCGCCGCCGCCGCCGCCGCCCGCCCCGCGGGACGCGGCCCCCGAGAAGCCGCCGCCUCCGCCCCGCGGCCGGGAGCCGUCUCUGCCCGCCGUGCCGCCCAGCCCCACGCAGCGCCGCCGCGCCAAGUCGCUGCCCACGCCCGGGGAGCGCGGCCUUCGGCCGGCCCCGCAGCACAGCCCCUCGCGCCGCAAGACCGUGCGCUUCGCCGACUCGCUCGGCCUGGAGCUCAUCUCCGUGCGGCACUUCUGCGAGGCCGACCUGCCGCAGGUGCCGCCGCCCGCCCCGCCGCGCCACGCCGACCUCUUCAAGACCAGGAAGCCGCCGGCGCUGGGCGAGUUGGAGCCGGUGCCGUUCGGGCCGCCGCCGCCGCCGCUGGAGCCGCUGUUCCCGCCGCAGCCCGGCGCCGGCCCCGGCUUCGCGGAGCGCGUGCGGCAGCACAAGGUGAGGCUGGAGUGGGUGCGCUCCGAACCCGCGGGGCUGCGCGGCGCCGUGCGCGUCCUCAACCUGGCCUACGAGAAGGCCGUGUCGGUGCGCUACACGCUCGACCGCUGGGCCAGCUGCAGCGAGGUGCCCGCCGCCUACCAGCCCGCCGGGCCGGCCGACGGCCUCACCGACCGCUUCGCCUUCCACCUGCCGCUGGGCCCCGCCGCCGCCGGCUCCGAGGCCGCGCUGGAGUUCGCCGUCCGCUACCGCGUGGCCGGGGCCGAGUAUUGGGACAACAACGGCGGCGCCAAUUACCGCCUGCGGGGCCGGGCGCGCUCCCCCUCCUCGGGGCCGCCGCAGGACCCCGACAGCAGCGCCUGGAUCCACUUCAUCUGAGGGACGGAGCGGCCCCGGUCCCGGCCUCGCCCCGCGGCGCGGCGCUGCGCUGUAAGUCGGGGGAGGAUGCUCGGAACCGGGCCGCGGAUAACCGAUGUGCGCUUCGCGUGCCGUUCAGCCGCGCGGGGACGGCGGUCCGACUGCAGGCGGCGGGUGCGGGCCGUGCGGGCCGCUCCGUGCCCAGGCCUCGGGGCGGAGGUCGGCGCUUCGGCCCGCGGCGUGGCGGCGGUCUGUGACGCCGCGGUACGGCUGCCCCGCAGCGAGGUGGCAGCUCAGCCGUGCCGGCGGCUCUCAGCCCUGCGGGCUGCUCUGCCUUUCCCGUCUGACUGAGGUUCCUCAGCUGCGCUGUCGGUGCAGCGGUGCCGGCACUGCUUGGAAAACACUCCCGGUUUGUUUGUUUGUUUGUUUUCUCCCCGAUUCUGGAAAAAGGCCGAUUUCACAAGGCUGGAUACGCUCCGAGCAGUUGAAGAAAAGCCAUAUCUUGCCGUAUAAAAAGAAGCGUACCAAUAAAAGCAUUGGGGUGGCAGAGUACGCUGAGUUCUGCCUUCAAAGCAGUGCUUUAGAUUGAUACGAGCAGUGAAGGGUUUUCCUUUUCUGGCUUGCUUUUUGAGGCAGUGGGUGCGGGUUGUGCUGCUGUCCUCUGGGAGUCAGCACGGCUGUGUGCAGGACAGGGACCUCCAAAGUGUCACUGCUCAGAGUGGCAAAACUCACGUUGCUAUCAUAGAAUCGUUUGAGUGGGAAAAGACCCUUUGAGGCCAUCUGGUGCAGCUCCCCUGCAAUGAACAGGGACACCUACAGCUCCACAGCCCGUCCAGCCUGACCUCGGGUGACUCCAGGGAUGGGGCAUUCAUCACCUCUCUGCACAACCUGUGCCGUUACCUCACCGCCCUCACUGAGGAAACCUCCUCCUUAUACCCAGUCUGAAUUCCCCCUCUUUUAGUAUGAAACCAUUUCCCCUCGUCCUGUCACAGCAGACCCUGCUACAGAGCCUGUCCCCUUCCUGCUUACAGCCCCUUUAGGCGCCAAAGGGCCACUCAGGUCUCCCAGGAGCCUUCUCUUCCCCAUGCUGAACAGCCCCAGCUCGCAGCCUGUCCCCAUAGGAGAGGUGUCCCAUCCCUUGGAGCAUUCCUGUGGCCGUCCUCUGGACCUGCUCUGACGUGAUCUCAUGCAGGGCUGCAAGAUGCAAUCUCGAACAUUUUGGGUCUUCUUUAGGUUUUUCAGGAAUGACAUGAAUUCUGUUCAUUCGAACGUGUUUUUGAGUUCCUCGUAAGUAUCUUGGACAGCUUGGCUGGUGUCAAGUUCUCCUGGAACCUUCUGACUUCGAUGGGAAUUGGGAAUGGGAAUUGGGAGCCCUUUUGUCUCCCGGUUCUGUCAGAAGAAUUGAACCGAUGAAUUCUGGAGAAAAAGAUCUGGCGACGUGAUGGGAAAAGAGCAUUUCCUUUAAUUCUUCCAGGCCUCUUUCUGCUCUAAUAGGAAAUCACAGUGUCAGUAGCUGCUCUAUGCUGUCGUAGCUUGGUUUUAGUUCCCCACCAAGUUUUCCCUUUUUAUCUUAAAAGAUACAAAUUGCCAGGACCUACUGAGCAUCUCACGUUAGAAUAUUAAGGCCCUGACCUUGUAAUAAAGUAACACUGUGUAUUUAGUACACGUCUAUAAAGGUAGAAUAGCAGAACUAGCUCUUAGCUUGUGAUAAAAGCCUCCCGAGUGGUGUAUUUGCUAAUGAAAGCCCAAGUGUCUUUUAGUUAGACCUAGCUUUUUGUAAGAGCCUUAAUGCUGGAGAGAAGGAAGGGGACUUAUCUCCAUUUGGAAGCACUUUGAGAUAGGGUGGGAAUACAGCCAAACCUCCCUUCAGUUUUGCUGUAGCUUUCCUAAAUGCUUUUUCUUGGCCUUCUCUGCCCGCAUACUAAACCAGCAGCUUAUUCUGGAGCAUCCCAGUGCUGUUGCUUGUGGGGAAAAAGCCAUUUCUGUGCACUGUAGGUUAACCAGAGCUAUAACUUUAUUUAUGAAGGUUUGACCCCUUUGUCAAAUAGAUGUCUGAAUAUUAAACCUUUGUGGGAUGCAGCGCAGCAGAAGAGUGUUUUGCAAAGCAGACUCCCGAGCUCUGCAGCAGCUCAGCCUGUCUUCAAGUCUAAAUUGUGUGGGUGGUUUCGUGGGCUUGAGCGUGAACACAGAUUAUCAGUGGCGUGUGUGUAACUCCAGUAAAGGACCACGUCUUCUGGAGGCACGUGGGGGCUUCUGAAGGCCUCGGAGGUGGCCCAGAGGAUGCUGCUGGCAAGGUCUGUGGAACAAGUCUGGGGUGCUUAAGUAGAAACUCCUCAGCAACCUAUGCCAAAGCUGCACUGCUUUGCUUACACGAUUCACUUCUGUCCCAUUAGUUUAUUCUUAAGUCAGAUUUUGAAAAGCAGUGACUGCGGGUGCACUGAGUGCGAGGCAAAGCAAAGGACUGGAAUUGUUUUUCAGGAGAGUAAAUUGUCUUCAAGGCAGUCUUCUUCUGGAACAAAAAUAGCAGCUCAGCUGUUUUCGUUUGCGUGUCUGCAGCCGCCUUCCCCUCCAAGUGAUGUAGAACAGUGUAGGCGAGGCCGUAACCCGUAGGUAAUGUGCUUCAGUUCUGGGUGCAUUCCUCAUGGCUGGGUGUCUUCAGAGACACAGAGACGUCUGUCACUCCUCGUGCAAAGUCGGAGCUCUAUGGAACGUGCCAUCUUAUUUCAUGUGCAAUACGGCGAUCCCUUCUGCAGUGAGUUGCGCUGUGUGUCCAUAGGCAUUAAUGUCUGCUGUUGCACAGUUAAGCUGCUUGAUGUUUUCUGUGCAAUUCUCUGCCUCUUGCAGCAGUGCGUCUGAGAUCUACCCAAUUAGUGGAAAUCCUAACGAGAAUCAAACCAAUUAAGUGGCUGUAGACCGAAUUUCAGCUGGCUGGCUGUAUUAGCAUAAGAACAAGAAUUGAAACCGUACUCACUGUCAACACGUGCGUUUCCCAAGGUCGAUUAAUUACUUCCUCCUUUUACCAUUUGCAGAUAACUUCUUGAUGCAUAUGCGUGUGCCUCAGUGUAUCACUGCAUAGCAGAGUAAGUGCACACUGUUAUUAUCCCAGCACAUGUGGGGGAAGAUGGGUCACUGCAGAGAGCAGAUGUCCUCUUUACACAUACACGAACUGUUUCUCAGUAGCACCAACAGACACACAUCUGCUAAUGCUGUGUUUUAGCAUCUAUAAAAAUACUCCAAAUCUGCUUUUUAACGUAUUGUUCAAUACCUGCAUUGGAAUCUUUACGUGCCUUUCAGCAUUUCCUAGGAAGAAAUCUUAUUUGUUCCUUAACUGUCCCACUGAAUGUCCAGAAAUGGCUUUCUUAUUAAAACGAAAUGAAUUCUGAAAAUAUAAUAAUAGUUCUAAUUCCUGAAGCACUUUCAGCUGUUAUCUGCAGCGGCCAGAAGAAUUUGAUAGUAUUUUCCUGCAUAACCAUGAAAGAAUUUACUGUCAGAACCACAUCUUCCUGGUAUACCUCUAAAAUUAUGGCGUUGGGUAAAAAAACUGUGACUGUAGUUAGUAUAACAGAAUAUAUUUAUUGUGUACAUUCACCACUUACACGGAUAUUCUAAGUGUAUAUUGUAUCUGAGAGCAGAAGUUCUAGUUUUGUAUGAAAUGUAGUUGUGUAGACGUGAUCAUCUUUACAGCUUUUCCUGUGACCUCUCUGAUGCUGCACAACGCUUAUAGUUACAGCUUCUGGGUGGACUUAAUCUCUCUGCACGCUCUGUACAAUGGGAUUCAGGUGCUCACUGUAAAGGGCAGCUGAAGAAGACGACUUCUACCUUGUGAUGCUGUGCUGCAUGGCCUUCUGGCAGACCACCCCUAACCCUCCUCCCAUAUGCACUCCAUGCGUCCAUGGGCUGACUGUGGCAGGAUUGCUUACUGAAAUGAAAACAUGGUUGAGUGCCAGAAUUAAGGUUGUGCAGUCAUGUACAGCUUGAGGUGGGAGGUAAUUGCGGGCUCUUUCUUUACUCGAUUCUUGAAUGCUGCUUUUAACUUAUUUUGCAGAGGGUUUUUUUAACCCAGGAUUUUCCUAUCUUUUGUGAAUAUCCUCUUCCUUCAGCUGUUCUGAGUUGUGUUGGAGCUUUCUGGUUUUUUGAGAAAAAUUGGGUCUUAUUUUUAUGCAACAACACGAAAAAUUAUUUUACAUUCCAUUCUGGGGGGGAGGCAGAAAUAACAGCUUUCCUUCCAGUUUCACUCUUUUAAUAUCAAAUAAUGGCAUGCAGAAUGAAAUACGCUUGAAAUAACAUAUGCACUAGCAAUUCCAAAGAGUAUAGCUAAGAAAAAAGUCAAACAUGAAAUGUGCUUUUUAAAAUGUCUGUGCUUUCCUUUAGCAAGGCAGGAAAACCCCCCUUAGUCCCAGUGCAUUUCUACCAAGGAGUUCUUUCUAUGCAAUAUUACGGUGCACCUGUUUUUUUAGGGGCAAUGUUGGUUGGCGUCAUGGAUGUGUUGGUGUAUUGUGUGUAGGAUGUUCUAUUAAAAGUGUCAUUAAGGAAACUGGGUCUUAAAUAGUGUUAGAGCUUGAAGCUCUUUUGUGUUCAGUCUGACUUCACUCACCCAUAGGCACAGUCUGAGGAGCAGUAGCACGAUGGUAUUCGUAGACAUGCAGUGCAGUGUUGUGCUUUGUGCUUUCCUCUACACUGUGUCACCUUCCAGGAGGAAGCACUGCAUUACCAUCGUGUUGUCAAAUUCUGUAUUCCUGUACCUUCACAACAAACCAGGCUGUGUUGUGCUUUUACACUCAGACAGCUAACACGUGUGGCUUUAGAGCCCUUCAAAAGUAGUAGGCCCAACACAGUUGGGAUUACUGUUGAGUCCCAUCUCCAAACUGUGUUAUCCCAGGCAUUGGUGUGCGCCAUGUAACGGGCUCAGUGGGCAGCACCCAGCACCACACUCUGUGUUUGCAGAGGGCUGGGACAGCCCAGCUGUGCCCGGGUGCAGACGCCUGUAUGUGGGGGCCAGGAGAAUGCUGUGUGUUCAAGACAGUGUCUGCAACGUGCAAGCUCCUGUUGUUUCCUUGACCUACACGGGCUUUGUUGACAAAAGAAUUUGUUCUGAAUGUUACUGCUCUGUUCCUUUCGGUUGCAGUUUCUUCCGCAGUGUUGAUGCUCCACAAAGUAAUGUUUGUUUCCAAUGUUUGUAAAAAUAACGUAAUAUCACCAGGAGUUCAAAAUCGACCUUUUCUAACAAUGCCUUGUAACGUAGCCUUACAGCAUUUCAGAUUAUUUCCCACCAAAAAGGCAUCUAAUCACUGGCUGUCACGUAUAUUGAUCAACCUGUAGCUUCUCGAUGUCAUUAAAGGCUAACAAAACAAA